GGCUGAAAGCACGAGCAUAAAAUGGAAAUCCCUCUUAUAAAUGCAACACAAUACUAAUCCAUGAACAAAGAAAGGUAGAGAAACAAGAUCGCAAGCGAGGAGAGAGUACUAGAGAAAAGGAAAGGCAACAUAUAAUCUUUGGGAAAGAGGAAGAGAAAUGGUGAUAGAGGAAGUCCACGAGGCACUGCCUCUUCUCUCAUUGAACCAUGUCUCCCUUUUGGUAAGGUCGGUGUGGACUUCUGUGCAGUUCUACGAGGACGUCCUGGGGUUUGGUCUCAUCAAACGCCCCUCUUCUUUCAAUUUCCAUGGAGCUUGGUUGUUCAACUAUGGAAUUGGGAUCCACUUACUUGAGAAUGAGUCCAUUGAUGAGUAUGAUGCCAUUAACGAACCACGACCUAUCAAUCCAAAGGAUAAUCACAUCUCCUUUCAAUGCACAGAUGUUGGACUUGUCAAGAGAAGGUUGGAAGCCAUGGGAAUGAGAUACACCACAGCCGUGGUGGAGGAGGAAGGGAUCCAGGUGGAUCAGGUGUUCUUCCAUGAUCCAGAUGGCUACAUGAUCGAAAUCUGCAACUGUGAUAACCUUCCAGUCCUUCCUAUCUCUUCUUCCUGCCCAUUGAAGCCCAGUAAUGGAAAUUAUUACAAGAAGAUGGCAGAAAGUAAAUGUGAACUGAUGGAGAUUGUUAUGAUGAAGAGCCUGAGCAGGGACAUGAUGAACUUUUCGUUCUAAUUUACGUUGUGAGAGAUUAAUCUCUUCUACAUAUAUUGUUCUUAUGCUCCAUAGAGGAAUAACUAUGGAUGGAAGAUUGUUAUUUUCUAUUUUUUUGUUGUUCCUGUAUUUUAAUAAAUUUGCUAUUUUCCAUAUAUUGUUCGUAUGCUCCAUAGAGGAAUAACUAUGGAUGGAAGAUUGUUAUUUUCUAUUUUUUUGUUGUUCCUGUAUUUUUUUGUUGUUGUUCCUGUAUUUCAAUAAAUUUUCUAUUGUUUUGUUGUUCCUUGUAUUUCAAUUACAAGGAUGUA